UGUCAGAUUAGUACUGCAGUUAAAUCUUCCGUCCACUGGAUGGAGACAGAAAUAAAAUGCUGGUGUUAACAACAAUUUGCAGACCAUCGGGCUGCAGACAACAGACUGAUAAACACACAAAGAAGAGAAUGCAGCGGGAGAGUAAAGCAGUGGUGCGAGCCGAGCAGCCGAACCCUGUAAACAGAGGAAAUGUUUUUUCUCCCGUUUACAAUGAGAUGGGUUGUUUUUGUGAAGUCGUGUUUCGUUAAGUCCUGCAGUAACAAUUGAUGGAGCUGACUUAAGUGACAGUGAGUCAUGUCUAAGGAGGAAGCAGCAGAAAUCCAGCUGCUCAGAAGCCAGAAGGCCAAGCUUAUAGAUAUUCUAAGUGGAGAUGCCGACUUUGUGCUGCAGCAUGCAGACUCUCGCUGUCUGCUGUCUCCUCACGGCUACCAGCAGGUGAAAGCCUGUCGUGUUCCCAGCGAGAAGGUGACAGAACUGCUGGAUCACAUCAUUCAGAGAGGACCUGAAGCUGUGCAGGGCCUGCUGAGACUACUGAAGGAGCAUGCCCUGCAGGAAACCUUCCCGCUGCUAAGCUUUACUAAGGAUCUGCAUGCCAACAUGCCAUCUGAAGGACAAACAGAAACACCAAGAAAAAGAAAAUCACUUCCUGAAACAGAGGAGACUGCUCCAUCCAAACAGAUUAGCAGAAAUGGUUCUGAUUUAGUGACGGAGAAACAGCUUAUGACCGUGGCUCGUACCAUUGGCAAAUCUUGGAGGGAGAUUGGCAGACUGGCGCUGGACAUCUCAUCUGUGAAGCUAGAGCAGAUUGAGGAGGACCACUCGCUGCAUGUGGAGCGUGUGUUUGCCAUGUUGCGACACUGGCGUACCUGUCAGAGGGAGAAAGCCACUGCUGAUCACCUGCACAGCCUGCUUAGUCAGGAAGACUGGGCUCUGCCACCUGAGAACAUUGACUUCUUGUUGAAGACUGACUGAGGCCUUCAUGUUUUUAACAGUUCUUAUCUAAAAUAAGUGUUUCUGAUGUACAUUUUUUGAUAUCAUGGAGAAAAAAAAAGGAAAAAUCAGGAAAACAACUGAGCAUUCAUUUUAUUUGAAUGUAAUAACACUAAGGGAUCAAUUAAGGAAAAUUAUUUUAUUUUUUUAUUAAAAAGACGUUUUUAUUUCAAUGGACAGUUUGGUCUUAUCCAAAUCAAAGUUCUGUGGUAACACAUUUUUGAAUGCUGUAUUGGGAGAUUUUGUAGUCUGUAUUUUGGGACAUACAAAUGUGAUUUGACAACAGCUUUAAUGACAUGUCUACUAUUGAUCAACGCAUCUUUAAAAUUACAUGAACUACUCUAUACAACCUGAUGAGUUAUCGAUCAUCUGUCUCCUUUUAUCAGGGCUCUUAUGCAUUAUAGCUAGCAUUUUCUACUUUCUACACAUUGUUCUAUACUAAUGUAAUGAAUGUGUACAAUGUAUGUUAAUUCUCAUCCAACAAUCUUAACUUUAAGGAGUAUUUUUGUGUGUUCAAACAAUCAUAACAGCAGUUGAAGGACUACUAAAGACCCAGCUAAUGAGCUCUCAGAGGGCCAACUCAUCUUUAACUCUGGCACCAAAAUUCACGUGGAAGACCUGGACUGCAAGGGCACUCUUUCUCUCUGCUGGUUUACCAGAAAGUAAGGGACGCUUGAUAAAAUUGAAAGACCAUGAUAAGAAUGGUGAACAGAGAUGCAAACAGCUUAUAUAAUGUGCACCUUGCCUAUAAUUUAGUUCUGAUGUUUCACAAAGUCUUCUGAUGAACAAGUUCAGUUGAUCAACUUAAAGCAGUGUGUUUAAUGCAUUCUAUUAUCACAUUAAAAAAAGAAGAUACUGGACACCAAAUGUUAAGGACCAUGUACCAAAAUAUGAAUAAACCCAUUCAUUAACAAUUACCCCAAUUUUUUCCAUAGGUAUUUGAAACAUGCCAAGAAAAUAAAUGUCUAUUCAUUGGGGACUUCUGAUAACUAAGUGUGUCUACUUGCUUGGCCCCAUUUGCUUCAAUAACUCCAGAGCCCUACGAUACAAUUAUUUUAUUUUUAACUCUCUGUCCAAAAAACUUCAGAAAGGUCAUCAUAAUUAUAAGUGAUGAUGGCUAUGGCUUCAAAUGAUUGUUUUCAGUGGUGGGAGAAUUAUUCAAUAAAUGAUGAUGCAAGAUGCAA